GGCCCAUCAAUACAGAUUACAUAUUUAUAUCAAUCGCGGGCUUCGAGGGCGCCCUCGGAGAGCGGCCCCGCGCCUACGAAACCAAACUGGGAGUGGUCGCGCGGAAACUCUGGCUCGGGAUUGGCUGCGGGCGCCCGCCGCGGUGCGGGGGGAUUGCUAAUCGUAUUCAGCAUGUUUUGCACAAGAAAUGUCAGCCAGAAAGGGCUAUCUGCUCCCUUCGCCAAAUUAUCCCACAACAAUGUCAUGCUCGGAGAGCCCCGCCGCGAACUCUUUUUUGGUCGACUCGCUCAUCAACUCUGGCAGAGGCGAGGCGGGCGGCGGUGGUGGCGGCGCGGGGGGCGGCGGCGGUGGCGGUUACUACGCCCACGGCGGGGUCUACCUGCCGCCGGCCGCCGACCUGCCCUACGGGCUGCAGAGCUGCGGGCUCUUCCCCGCUCUGGGCGGCAAGCGCAAUGAGGCUGCGUCGCCAGGCGGCGGUGGCGGUGGCGGGGGUCUAGGUUCCGGGGUGCACGGCUACGGGCCCGUGCCCAUAGACCUGUGGCUAGACGCGCCACGGUCUUGCCGGAUGGAGCCGCCUGAGGGGCCGCCACCGCCGCCCCAGCAGCAGCCGCCGCCCCCGCCGCAACCACCCCAGCCCCCGCCUCAGGCCACCUCGUGCUCUUUCGCGCAGAACAUCAAAGAAGAGAACUCCUACUGCCUCUACGACUCGGCGGACAAAUGCCCCAAAGGCUCGGCCACCGCUGCGGAACUGGCUCCUUUCCCGCGGGGCCCGCCGCCCGACGGCUGUGCCCUGGGCGCCUCCAGCGGGGUGCCAGUGCCUGGCUACUUCCGCCUUUCUCAGGCCUACGGCACGGCCAAGGGCUAUGGCAGCGGCGGCGGCGGCGCGCAGCAACUCGGGGCCGGCCCGUUCCCCGCGCAGCCGCCGGGGCGAGGCUUCGAUCCGCCGCCGGCGCUGGCCUCUGGCUCGGCCGAUGUGGCCCGGAAGGAGCGAGCCCUCGAUUCGCCGCCGCCCCCCACGCUGGCUUGCGGCAGCGGCGGGGGCUCGCAGGGCGACGAGGAGGCGCACGCGUCGUCAUCGGCCGCGGAGGAGCUCUCCCCGGCCCCUUCCGAGAGCAGCAAAGCCUCGCCGGAGAAGGACUCCCUGGGCAAUUCCAAAGGUGAAAACGCAGCCAACUGGCUCACGGCAAAGAGUGGUCGGAAGAAGCGCUGCCCCUACACGAAGCACCAGACACUGGAGCUGGAGAAGGAGUUUCUGUUCAACAUGUACCUUACUCGUGAGCGGCGCCUAGAGAUUAGCCGCAGCGUCCACCUCACGGACAGACAAGUGAAAAUCUGGUUUCAGAACCGCAGGAUGAAACUGAAGAAAAUGAAUCGAGAAAACCGGAUUCGGGAGCUCACAGCCAAUUUUAAUUUUUCCUGAUGAAUCUCCAGGCAACGUGGUUUUUUCACUUCCUGAGCGCUGGUCCCUUCCCUCUGUCUUCAGCCUCUGCCCAGGAACUCGCACCUGUGCUGGAGCCCUGUUCUUCCCUCCCACGCUCGUCAUCUCCUGGGCCGUUACAUCUGUGCAGGGCUGGUUUGUUCUGACUUUUUGUUUCUUUGUGUUUGCUUGGUGCUGGUUUAUUUGUUGUUUUCUGGGGGAAAAAGCCAUAUCGUGCUAAAAUUCUAUAGAGAUAGAUAUAGUCCUAAGUGUCAAGUCGUGACUGGGCUGGGUUUGCUGUCUUGGGGUCCUACUGCUUGAAAUGGCCCCUGUGUUCGGCCGAGCUGGUUUCCUGCCCAGCCUGGGGCAAACCUAGCCGGAAGGCCGAGGUCCCAUUGUUGGCGCUGAGGUGUCUGGCCUGAGGUCAAUGGUGCAAGGAGCCGCCACCGGGCAUGUCUGCCUGGAGUGCUGUGCUGUGUUUAAUCAGGGGAUACAGGCCCCUGAGUUUCUUUUUUCUUUCUUCCUUUCUUCCUUGGCCAAGAGAAGGGCUUACAGGCAUGGACAUGCAGGUUGGCAAACGGGCUUGACUUUGGCUGAUUUAAAAAGUAAGAAAGAAAGUAAAAAAGAGUAAUUUUUCCUUCCUCUGUAAGAUAUCUCAGCUUUAAAAAGAAAAAAAAAAUUACCAACAGAAGGGGACUGCUUUUCCAGUUUCUGUAAGGUCUUACAUUGCUUGACUAAAAUGUCUCAUUUACCUCUAAAUUUCCAUAUCCUUCUAGCUGUAGAUAAAUAAUGUAGUUUUGUUUAUACAUUUGGAAUUAGUGGAUUUUUUGUCAUUAAAAUUGUUACCACUGGUAACAUGCGACAAGCACACCACAAUUCUCCCUAUCUUGUGAAGUUGUUUUUUAAAAAUCGCCUUGAACAAAAAGUUUUUUUAAUUUUUAUUUUUGCUUUCUGAAAUUCACAGAAGCCUAGGAGGACUGGGGUAAGCGGAAUAAACUAGAGAAGGGAGACAUUGUUUGGAUUUCCUUUAUACUGUGAAGUUACAUGCAUAAAAGGGUCAAACCUGUAGAUGCAGAAAAAGAAAAAAACUAUAAAUACAAAUCUGUAUAAAUGUCUAUUAUUAUGAAGAAUUGCCAAUCUUGUUUUAAGCAAAUGCAUUCUAUCGUUAUUAUAAAUGUUAGUUCUAGCUCUAUUUACUUCUAAUCUUAAAUCAGAAUAAAUUAAUAUUGUAUUGCUGCUGUGCGUGGAAAAAGACGAUGUUUAUGUUCUUAUAGAAUAAAAGCUGUGGAAUGAAGCUUUUUAAUUUUA